AUUAAUUAAAGUGUUAAAGAUUAAAGCUUUAAAGUUGAAGCUCAAUCAGAAACAAUAGAAGUCCUUUCUUUAUCGCUUCUUCCUUCUCAUCCUCUGGAAGUUUAGAGAUAUGGCAGAGCACAUACGGUGGAGAACUAGACCCGGAAACGAUAUGAGUGUUUUUGAGGCAGAUCCACCACAAAUUCAACCCCUAUCCUCUCGUUCUAAGUCUAAAAUUUCUGCCCUUUUUCACUCCACAAACAGUACCAACACCACCCCGAAGAAGAAGCUGAAUAGCUUCACUCAGUCUACAUUCAGAGGGUUUGGAUGCACAGCGGCUGCAUCUCAGCAGGUUUCUCUGCCUGCUGUGAUUAGAACUUCGGCUGAUUGGGAUGGCAAGAAAGUGAAGAAAAAGAAACAAAAGAAUGUAAACAAGAAUUGUGAUAACAGUAGUGGUACUAGUAGUAAUUUUUUCAGGAUUGGAAGUUGCAGCAAUAAGGGGUCUUCAAGUGGUGGUGGUGGUGGUGGUGAUGACGGUGGUGGUGGGAGUUAUGGUAAUAAUAAUAUUGUUACUAACAGUAGCGGUAAUUGUAUGGUUGCUCAGGAUGUGUGGUGUGGGCCUGGAAUUGGGUUCUCUGGAGCUGAUGCAGUUGUUGGGUCUGUGGAUUGUGUGGUGGCCAGAAGAAAUGUUUCCUCUGGAAGAGGGAAGAUUGAUGCUGAGAAGGUCAACCAAAGAGAAAGAGAAAGAGAAAGAGAAAGAGAAAGGGAAAGGGAAAGGGACAGGGAGCGUUCUUCUUGUAUACCGCGGCGGACUGUCACUCCUGAGAGGUUUCCCUUUCCGGAUCCUGACCCUGGUUUUGGAUUUGGACACCCGGAAAUUGACCUGUUUGGACCCCGGUACUAUCGUCAUGUCCGACAUCCUUCCCCUGAUGGCCUUGCUGAGAUAAUGAUGCUUCAAAAUAGUUUGCUGAUGGGAGGAAGAUUAGAUUCUCAUGACCAUUUUCGAGACUGGAGACUUGAUGUUGACAACAUGUCAUAUGAGGAAUUGCUCGAGCUGGGUGACAGAAUUGGCUAUGUGAAUACUGGAUUGAAAGAAGAUGAGAUGGGAAAAUGCCUUCGGAAACUUAAGAACUCUGUAGCAAAUGGUUUAUCAUCUCAUUUGCCAAUCCAUGUUGAUAAGAAAUGCACCAUCUGUCAGGAGGAAUAUGAACAAGAGGACGAGAUGGGCAAGCUAGAUUGCGGACACAGCUUUCACAUUCAAUGUAUAAAGCAAUGGCUUGCACAGAAAAAUGCAUGCCCGAUCUGCAAGACUGCAGUGGUCACAAGAUGCUAGAACAACAGGUGCUUGUUCUUGGAUGACUGGAUUUGUUUCACAUCUCAAAAUUUGGUUGUAUAGAUUUUUAUUUCCAAUACAUAAUCAAGAAUCAUUCUUUGGUGUGAAGAACCCUCAACCUCUGGUUGUGAUGGGCAGUUUUUGGCAACUUGAAACUAUCAUCAUGUCAUUGACAUUUAUGAUCAUGAAAUUCUAUGGAAAUUGUUACCAUGCUUCACCUACUUAAAUUA